AAAAUGUUCCUGACGUGCAGUCGCAAGGUCCUUUCAACACCACUACGGAUACCUGCUGUGCACCGCGCUGGAGUGCAUAUUUCACAUAUUGGGAGUAAACCAAUACCCAUCCCUCCAAAUGUCACCUUCGCUACGACGCCAACGUCCAUUGCGGUAACGGGACCACUCGGCACCACCACUUUACCACUGUUCACGUUCGUCAACAUCACCCAAACACCCUCAGAGCUAUCGGUCACGGUGCAAGAUGCGGAAAUUAAGCAGCAGCGCCAGAUGUGGGGUACAACACGGACCCUCAUUGCGAAUGCAAUCACUGGAAUGACCGAGGGCUUCAGUGUGCCUCUAUAUCUUGUUGGCGUUGGUUAUCGUGCUGCCAUGGAGGAGGAUCCAAGGGGAACAGCAGACGGCGGCAACGGUCGAAGACUAAACAUGAAACUCGGCUACUCUCACUCAGUCUUCGUCCCAAUACCCCCGUAUAUCACGGCGGAAGUCCCACUGCCAACCAAAAUCACCUUGUUUUGCACCGACAAGCACCUUUUAGGUCCUUUUCUCUGCCAAACUGCAGGCUCUGCGCAAGCCAGAACCGUAUAA